AUGAAUCGGACGCAGGCUAUAAUCACUGAUACUAACAAGACCCCUCUUGUGGAGAUAUUUGUAUAUAUACCGCUUGCGUUUUCUUUCCUCAGUGUUCUUGCACGGCUAGCUACAAAAUUGGUGGUUUUGAAGAAACUCGGAUGGCAUGACCAUUUGAUAACAAUAUCACUGGCAUUUGCUAUGGGUCAAUCUGCAGCAGUUGCGAUUCAAUGUGCGAAUGGGUUUGGACAGCUAACUGUGACGACAAAUGAUGGGCAACAACAGACAAUGUUAAAAGCGGAAUAUGCUUCGAAUAUGCUCUUCAUUACAAGUCUAUACUUUGCGAAUGUGUCGGUGGCCUUGUUCCUAAUAGAGCUAACACCCAUCACGGUCAAGAAGCGGGCAUCGCAAUUUCUUGGAAUUGUGAUAUCAUUAUGGGCAAUCAGUUCUAUAGUAGCCUCUGCAUUCCAGUGCCAUUUGCCUAAUGUAUGGGAUAAUCUGAAUGGAAAAUGCUUUGAUCGGAAGGCGUUUUGGAAUUCCGUGGCGAUUGUGAACAUUAUCACAGAUGCUGCUUUGAUUUUGAUCAUAAUUGUCAUAGCACUUCACAUAAAGGCUUCUUGGAAUCGAAGGCUUACUAUUAUUGCAGUAUUUGGGACUCGUAUCUUUGUUAUUGUUGCGGUAGUUUUUCAAUUGAUCUACUACAACAAAACCAUUGUCAACCCAGUGUUCGACCUUUGGCCUGCAGCAAUCAGUACGCAAAUCGCUCAAUGUCUCAGCAUUGUCACGGCAUGCUUUCCAUACCUCAAACCCUUUCUCUCCAGCCUCGAAUCUGGCAUGAUGCGAGCAGACGACUUGCGCCGUCGAGGCGGUACCGAAAACGAUGAUUACAACGGGUACUACGUUCAUAAGUCAGGGGAUUCCUCGGGACUGGGGGGCAAAGGAUCGAAGAUUAGGAAGAUGGUUAGUGAUAGCUUGGAAAGCCGAAAGACGGUAGAAACUUUCAGGCUAUCGAAUCUUAUACCAGGAGACGCAACUACAACGGUUGGGACCGGGGAAGCUUAUGAGUGGGAUGGUCAGAGUCAUACAAGUCAGUCUCAGAUUAUAAAAGAGACUCGGACUUGGAAUGUAGAUGUACAGAGUACUGAACAUAGGGGGGCAAGUAUUGCUAGCGAAUAA